AUGGACGAUAACAUUUUGGCAGACGAGUCUGCUUCUACAUCUGGGAAUAUAAAUUCUUCGACUGCCCAGAUGAAAGCCAUGUUUAAAGAGCUAUUGGCAGAGUCUAGGAAUGAUAUUCUGGCUCAAGUUAAGGAUAAUAUUGAUAAAAUUUACUCUGAUUUUGAGAUGGUUGCUCUUGAGAAUGAGGAUGCCCGUUCUGUUGAUGUUUCAGAGCCUGGGCUUGCUAGUCUUAUUGACAAUUUUGUCCAACCUCAGGCAGACGGCUUAGCUAGCCAAGAUGGUCAAUCUGAUCUUGGUGCUUUUAAAAAUUUAGCGGAGGAAUUUUCAGUGUCCGAGCGGACAGCUAUCCCUAUUUCAUCUGGAUUGGCGGCUAUUGUUAAUGGUCUAUUGCAAGAUAAACUGCCAAAAGAAAAACUUGCAGAAGUGCAACCAAAGUAUCUAAGACCUGAAAAUUGCCCUCAUUUGGUUGCGCCUAAGGUUAACAAACAAGUUUGGCAACAAAUGCGCCAGGAGACAAGGAAUACUGAUUCUGCUCUGCAAAAGGCUCAGGGUUUGUUGAUUUCAGGCCUUUGUGCAGUUCUCGAGGUGUGCAAUUCUUCUGAUGGGGAUAAAAGACGUACCCUUGCACAUGCUACUGUUCUACUUUUGUCAGCUAACAGGGAGUUUAAUCUAAGACGCAGGGACUUCAUUCGUCCUGAUCUCAAUAAACAAUAUAGUUCUUUGUGUAAUCCCUCUAUACCAGUAUCAACCAACCUUUUUGGUGACGACCUUAAUAAGGAGGUCGAGGAACUUACUAAAUCGAAUAAGUUAAGCAACAAAGUCACUCCCAAGCAUCGUUCAGACUACCGCUCUGAACCUUACAAGGUCCCAAGUAAUAGGAGUUUCCGUGGUCGUGGCCGGUUCAAUCAGACUUCUAGCAGAGAAAUAAGUACAACUAGACUUUAUUUCACGUUUAAUGAGGCGGAACAAACAAUCAUUGAUGGGGAAAUUGACAAAUUUCUUCAUAAGGGAAUAAUUAAGUCGUCAGUUUCUGAGUCUGGCGAGGUUUUGUCACCUAUCUUUAUUACGCCCAAAAAAGAUGGGUCUAGUAGAGUUAUUUUCAACCUAAAAGGGCUAAAUGAGUUUGUGUCCUAUCAUCAUUUCAAGAUGGACACUUUGGAAACUGCCAUAAAGCUUAUGAGACCUGGAUGUUUCAUGACAUCUAUUGAUCUCAAAGAUGCAUAUUACUCUAUUCCUGUUGCAAGUGAGCAUCAGAAAUAUUUGAAAUUUUUUUGGCGGGACAAAUUAUAUUGCUUCACUUGCUUACCCAUGGGUUUGUCAAGCAGUCCAAGAAUCUUUACUAAAGUUAUGAAACCCGUUUUUGCAACUUUGAGGUCUAAAUUUGGCCAUACAUGCUUGGGCUAUAUAGAUGAUUCUUUGUAUAUUGAAGAUACUUAUGAAGAUUGCCAUACGGCCACUCUACAUGCUGUUCGGCUUAUUAGCAGUUUAGGCUUUAUGGUUCACCCUGAUAAAUCCGUUUUUAUUCCGACUCAGUGUAUUGAGUACCUCGGGUUUUCGCUAAAUUCUGUGUGUAUGACUGUGACUUUAACAUCCUUAAAACGGGAAAAACUUUUGCUCCUAUGUCAGAAAUUUCAACAGCCGAAUACGUUACAUACAAUUCGCCGAGUAGCAUCACUUAUAGGCUCGUUAGUUUCAUCCUUUCCUGGAGUGGAGUUUGGUCCACUGCAUUAUCGUUAUAUCGAGGCAGACAAAGAUUAUAAUCUUAAAUUGCAUCAAGGUAAUUUUGAUGCGGAAAUGUCACUGUCUGCCGACAGUCUAGAAGAAGUUAAUUGGUGGGUAAAUAACAUUCCACUAGCCUCUAGAAGUAUUUAUCAUGCCCCCCCGGAUGUUGUCCUGUAUACUGAUGCUUCAGCUAUAGGAUGGGGUGCCAAGUUGUCAGACGGGGUUAGCACUUCCGGCAUUUGGUCACGAGACGAAGCUCGUAAACAUAUUAAUUUUUUAGAACUACAAGCUAUUCAUUUGGCUCUGUUAUCUUUGUUAAAUGACCAAAUUAAUAUCCAUGUUCGUAUUAUGUGUGAUAACACCACUGCGGUCACUUAUAUCAACCAAUUGGGUGGAUGUAGGUCAGAGCAAUGUAAUUCUCUUGCUAAAAAAAAUUUGGAAUUGGGCCAUUGCCAAAGAGAUUUGGUUAUCGGCAGCUCAUAUUGCUGGUUCAGCCAACAUGGAUGCUGA